AUGGGGAGACGGAAAGUGGUGUUGGAGAGAAUAGAAAACAAGAUCAACCGUCAAGUGACCUUCUCAAAACGAAGAAAUGGUCUGCUCAAGAAAGCCUACGAGCUCUCUGUGCUCUGCGAUGCCCAAGUUGCCCUCAUCAUCUCCUCCAGCCGUGGCAAGCUCUAUGAGUUUGGCAGCACUGACGUGAACAAAAUUCUUGAGCGGUACCGUCAAUGUUGCUACUCCUUACAAGGCAAUGUUGCUGAGAAUGAAACACAGAACUUAUACCAAGAGGUCUCAAAAUUAAAGGUCAAAUACGAGUCUCUUCAACUUUCACAGAGGCAUUUGCUUGGAGAAGAUCUUGAAAAGCUUCGCCUGAAAGAACUGGUGAAUCUUGAGAAUCAACUUGGCAAAACUCUCUCAAAAGCUAGACAACGAAAGACGGAGAUGAUGUAUGAUCGAUUAGAAGAACUGCGCCAAAAGGAGAACGAUCUUGGAGAGAAAAAUAAGCAACUCAAAUCCGAGCUUGAGGAAGAAGAGCAUGCUCAAGCAACACCGCAAGGUCCGGGAGAGCUUCCACUUACAAAAGACAAUCGCAUUGAAUCAGAGCAUCCCAUCUUACGCUUACAGAUAUGGGAUCACCAACCAGCCCCCCAAGAAAAAGCAGCUGAUGAUGAUCAAGGGAGGGCCAUGGUGGGUGGGAACAAGAGUAACUGCAACCAGCGGGGUUGGCUUCUUUAA